GCGGGAUACAAACCGGCAGCCUUCCUCUGAAGCAGCCUACAGCCUACCGCACACGACACCUCUCUCUCCCGUUACAGCCCUGUGUUCCUCCGGCAGCCAAUGCAGCGCCUCCCCGGUGUAGCCAGUUCAGGAGACCGGCCUAUGACAUCAUAUAGCCAGACAUCAGUUCAGGCCGCGUCACCCAAUCACGGCGCGGAGCUGCAGACGCAGAACACGAAGCUAUUCGGUAGAGAUAUCAAGCCGCCCUGAAGAAAAACCGUUCCCUACUGGACGCAGCUGCGAGUCCAGGAUAUUUUUUUGGGCUUCAUGAUAUCUGCCCGAUUUAACGCUGCCAGAAAGAUAUGUUUGGCUUGGCUUGCUGGUAUUACUGCCACGCAAGGGGACGUCGGUUUUGCAUGUAGGCUAGCCCGUUAAAAGCUUGCACUUGACCGACCUCAUAGAAUAAUACAGUUUAUAACUGGAUAUCGGUGCAAAAAGUUUGUAGGAGAAAAUAAAGUUCGUUUCUAGCUUACUAGUUUGCUGCAGGUUGCAGGCUAUUUAGUAAACCGGGCACUGAGAGGCGCACAGAAGAUGUCACAGUCGUUAUUCGAGGCUGGCAGCUCUCUGAUCGAGAAUGCGGUGGGGAAGAUGGGUGACAAUUUGACGUCCAUGGUCUUGGUUACCACAGCGUCUAUCCUCAGCCUGGGCUACGUCUCAAAGCUGGUGUUCAGGCAAUUACAGGCACCGGACAAAGACGAGCAGAAAUACCCUCCAUAUAUCCAAUCAAGCAUUCCUUUUCUGGGCCACGCAGUAGCAUUUGGGAAAAGUCCCAUUGAAUUUCUAGAAAAUGCAUAUGAAAAGUAUGGGCCCGUUUUCAGCUUCACGAUGGUGGGCAAGACAUUUACAUACCUGAUAGGAAGUGAUGCGGCCAGCCUGCUCUUCAACAGCAAAAACGAAGACCUCAAUGCCGAGGAUGUGUACUCCCGCCUCACGACGCCGGUCUUCGGCAAAGGAGUGGCUUAUGAUGUCCCGAACCCUAUCUUUCUGGAGCAGAAGAAAAUGUUGAAGACGGGACUGAACAUUGCUCAGUUCAGAAAUCACGUUCACGUGAUCGAGGAGGAGACCAAGGAUUAUUUCACACGCUGGGGAGACCGUGGAGAAAAAAACCUGUUUGAGGCUCUUUCCGAGCUCAUCAUCCUGACGGCCAGCCGCUGCCUGCACGGGAGGGAGAUCCGGGCCAUGCUGGAUGAGAAGGUGGCCCAGCUGUACGCAGAUCUGGACGGGGGCUUCACUCACGCCGCCUGGCUGCUGCCGGGCUGGCUCCCCCUGCCAAGCUUCAGGCGCAGGGACAGAGCUCACAGGGAGAUCAAAAGCAUCUUUUACAAGGUCAUUCAGAAACGGAAGGAGUCCGGCGCGAGAGAGGAUGAUAUGCUGCAGACGCUCAUGGACGCUACAUAUAAGGAUGGACGGGCCCUGACAGACGACGAGAUAGCGGGGAUGUUGAUCGGGCUGCUCCUGGCAGGACAGCACACCUCCUCCACCACCAGUGCCUGGCUGGGCUUUUUCCUGGCCAGAGACCGGGCACUGCAGGAACGCUGCUAUGCUGAGCAGAAGGCUGUGUGUGGAGAGGACCUGCCUUCCCUGCAGUACGACCAGCUGAAGGACUUGAACCUACUGGACCGCUGUCUGAAAGAAACUUUAAGACUUCGGCCCCCAAUCAUGACGAUGAUGAGGAUGGCAAGGGGCCCUCAGAAGGUUGCAGGCUAUACCAUUCCUGCUGGCCAUCAAGUAUGUGUGUCCCCCACUGUAAACCACAGACUACACGACAGCUGGGUGGAGAGGCUGGACUUUAAUCCUGAUCGCUACCUGCAAGACAACCCAGCAGCUGGGGAGAAGUUUGCAUAUGUGCCAUUUGGAGCAGGCCGUCACCGAUGCAUCGGUGAGAACUUCGCUUACGCUCAGAUCAAGACGAUCUGGUCCACCAUGCUCCGGCUGUAUGACUUCAAACUUGUGGAUGGCUACUUCCCAACGGUGAACUACACAACGAUGAUCCACACGCCCCACAACCCCAUCAUCAGAUACAAGCGGCGAGAGCACUGACAGAAUGUACAGACUCUGCGGCCACGAGUGUCAGUCCAUGAAAGGGAUCCUCUCAAAGUCUUCAUUUCUACAUAAAAAGCCGCCAAUAUAAAGAUCAGAUUGAAUGGAAUACCUUUUACUUGAAUUUCUUUAAUUUUUUAUGUGACACUAAAUGAUUGUUAGGAUUUAAACAUUUAUUUCUGUGUUUCUUAUGAAUUACUUGCGUCUCACAGCUUUCAAAGUACGGAACUGUUCAAAAUGUUAGGAGCAGCAAUAAACUAAAUUGGGAUGUUUAAA